UUGAGUUGCAGGAAGGUACAAGGAAACCAGGUGCAAGGAAAAGGCAUGAGCGUCCGAGCAUUUUGGCUGUUGGGGCUGGAGAGGGGAGAAGCGCCGACUGUCAAGUUCUCCAGGCAAUAUCCAACAGUUGAAAAAAGAGCCCGAAUUUUCAAUGGGAAAAGCUAUACAGAAGUGCCGGAGGAGAGAAUCUUUCUUAAUGCACUGUUAUGUGAACUUGGUAUGACUGACCUGGACAAGAACUUUGUGGAACACAGAGACAGCUGUUGCCGAAUAAAUAAAACAUCCAUUUAUGAGAUUACCAUUGGAGAUGGCAUUCUUUGGCCCGUCCUUGUAAUGACACAAAAUGCAGUCCUAUAUGCUUGCCUUCCUUUGGUCGAACAAACUCUGAGUCCCCACCCACCAUUGAUAAAUCUCUGUGGGAUUUCUGCUGCAUUUGCAUUGCUCACGGGGUUGAUGGCCUUUUUAAAUUUGUCACAAAGAAAUGAAUCAGAAAUGGCUACCAAGUUGGCUCAGCUCCCUGCCAUGCUGAUGCAUGCCUGCCCACUGGGCACUCCAACAGACACUGAUUUUGGAUUGAUGCAAACCCUCUCUGGGAGCCAUGGUCCACAUAAUUCAGUCUCGUUGGUGCCGACACAGAAACAACCAGCUUGGAAGCCUAGCACAUACAAGGGGAAGCCUCAGGUUAAUGUCUCCAUCACUGAACAAAUUCGGUCAAUGCAGUACGGCAAGAAAGAUGUGAUUGAUGUAUGGCAAGAGUAUGGAACAGUAACAUGCAAGUGCGAUCUGGAAGGAAUAAUGCCAACUGUUACUGUGAGCUUAAAUUUGCCCAUCAAUGGAUCUCCUCUCCAGGAUAUUCUGGUGCAUCCUUGCGUCAGUGCUGUUGACUCCACGAUCCUUACUUUUAAUAGCAUUGAUGAUAUGGAUGAUUCACUGUUCAAUGGACCAUACAAGUUUCCCUUCACACCACCAUUAGAUGUGUUUAAACUCUGCUGCUAUACCUCCCAAGCACCAAUCCCUCCAAUUCUUGGUUUCUAUCAAAUGGAAGAGGAGCAACAAUUAAAGAUUACAGUAAAUCUGAAACUUCACGAGAGUGUCAAAAAUGGAUUUGAGUAUUGUGAAGCCCACAUUCCUUUCUACAACAGGGGUCCAAUUGUAAACACAGAAUGCAAGGUGAGCCAUGGGCAGCUGGAGGUGGCACGAGAGAAAAGCUUACUGGUUUGGAUCAUUGGUCAGAAAUUCCCAAAAUCAUUGGAAGUGUCACUAACUGGCACAGUAAUGUUCCCUGGGAUUGGUGCCACAAACCACUCUGUGCAGCCGAACGAUCCAUUCUGCACUGGACUCACAGCGUACGUUAAGCUCUACUUUCGCAUCCCAGAUUAUACCCUGACGGGUUGCUAUGUGGACCAACAUUCAGUGCAAGUAUACUCUUCAGCAAAACCUAAAAUUAUCACCUCAAAGGAGCUGCUUUCUUCUGAGUAUUACAUCUGGAACUCUGAAGGCGAUGCACCCAUAGCCAGCAGAUCCUUGCCAUCCUGAUGCAAUUUGGAGUAAACACAUGGACAAAAGAUUCCAAAUGGACAUUCAGUUUUAUUAUAGAUGUUUAAAAUAUCAGUGGGUAGUAGUUUAAUUAUGCUCCAGAACCUGAUCUGUUUUAAAGUGUAACAAAUGGGAAACUACCGGAGUGAUGAAGUUUGUUUGUCAUAUAUAUUGUAAAUAUUUUGAUUAAUAAAAUAU